UAUAGUUGAUAUCGUUAAACACUAUGCAAUAACUUAGUAUCUGUGAUAUUAUAAAAUUUGUAUAAUAUGCUAAUAUCUUCUAAUUAUUUAAUAGUUUAUUUGAAUAUUUUAAUAGUUUGUUUUGUAAAAUUAUAUUACAAUUACAAUAUUGAUGAUGACUAUCAGCUAAAUGGACAUUAUAUGAAUGUAUGGGCUGUUCACAUACCAUCAGGAAUUGAUACGAGUGAUCGAGUGGCUCAAGACCUGGGAUAUACUAAUUUAGGACAGAUAAAAGGCCUUGAUAACUUUUAUGUAUUUCACAACAAAUAUCAUCCGCGUCGCAGCAAAAGACAUGCACACAACUAUACAAACCAAUUGUCAAGUGAUGGCAGAAUCCGUUGGGCUGAACAACAAAUGGCAAGAAUCCGGAUUAAGAGAGGAUUUAUUAAAUUUAAAGAUUUGGAUAAUCAUUGGACUAAAUACUUGCGCCACUCAAGUGAUCCGUUAGAAAGAGGUAAAAAGUAUCCAGGUGCUUACCAUGAUCAUACAUUCAAUGAUGAACUAUGGAGCAGACAAUGGUAUCUUCAUGGCAGUAGAAAUGUACCAACACUUCCCAGAAUGGACCAUGGAGUCAAAGAGGCCUGGCAAAUGGGGUUUACUGGAAAAGGAGUGGUUAUAACCAUUUUGGACGAUGGACUCGAGUGGACACAUUCCGAUAUAUACGCUAAUUAUGAUCGUAAUGCAAGUUGUGAUACUAAUGAUAACGAUAUGGAUCCGAUGCCACGUUAUGAUAAAUAUGAUUCCAACCGUCACGGGACCCAAUGUGCCGGUGAAAUAGCUAUGAUUCCCAACAAUCAUAAAUGUGGUGUUGGUAUUGCUUUUAAUGCUAGAAUUGGAGGAAUUCGUUGUUUAGAUGGAGAAGUGUCGGAUGUCAUUGAAGCCAUGUCUCUGUGCUUUAAUUAUAAUUACAUUGAUAUUUAUAGUUCAAGUUGGGGACCAAGUGAUGACGGUAUGACAGUUGACGGUCCUAAGCGUUUGGCCACUGAAGCCAUAUUAAAAGGCAUCACUUAUGGACGUCAAGGAAAAGGAGCUAUUUAUGUUUGGGCGUCUGGUAAUGGAGGGAUGAAAGGAGAUAAUUGUAAUUGUGAUGGAUAUGUCAGUUCCAUAUAUACCAUAGCGAUUGGUAGCGCCAGUCAAUCGGGACAGUUCCCAUUUUAUGGCGAACGGUGCUCAUCGACAUUAGCGGUCACUUAUUCGAGUGGUGGAUAUACUGAUCAAAAGAUAGCCACCAUUGAUUUGAAAGACAAAUGCACGAUUGACCACUCGGGCACAUCAGCGGCUGCACCGUUGGCCGCCGGUAUGAUUGCACUGAUGCUCGAAGCAAACCCAAACUUGAACUGGAGGGAUGUUCAACAUCUUAUUGUCUGUACCUCACAAUUUAGUCCACUCAUGGAAAACAAAAGUUGGAAACGCAAUGCCGCGGGUUUUAUGUAUAAUAGUAGGUUUGGCUUUGGACUCAUGAAGGCUGAUCUUCUGGUUAUGGCUGCUCUCAGAUGGACUACUGUUCCUCCAAACCAUGUCUGUUAUAUUAAGCCAAAAUCAAUACUGCCAUUAACUCUAUCAUCUGGUGGUGACAUUCAAAUCAAUUUCUUGAAUAUAGGACAUCGAUGUUGUAUCAAAUUUAUUGAACAAAUACAGAUCAAUCUUUAUAUGGAUUAUACGAGACGAGGAAAUCUUCAAAUUAUACUAAUAUCACCACAAGGAACCGUAAGUAUGUUAAUGACUACUCGACCCAAGGAUACCAAUCGGGUGUUUCCCAAUUGGAAUCUUACAUCAGUUCACUUCUGGGGCGAGAAUCCGAUGGGACACUGGAGGCUCGUUAUAAGGGAUCCGAUUGUUAAACAUAAAAACAGUGAAAAUAAGGGUAAAGUAAAAAAAGUCACUCUUAUACUUCAUGGUACAGAUGAACCAUCCGGUUGUCUGAAAACUGGUCGACGAGUUUAUGAAGAUGAAGAUCUGAUCGAAAGGACAAUAGACAUAACACCGGAAUACUUGGAGGACACUAAAGACCAAAACGAUUUACCAAAUGAUUUGAAUUCAUUGAAAAGUCCAUUAGAAAUGGAUUUUACCGAUGAUUUAUUGAUUCUUUAAUACUA